AUGGAACGCCGCCUAAAUCGAGAUGUCACAGUACGCAAACUAUAUCACGACUUCAUGUCCGAAUACUACAACCUUGGUCAUAUGGAACUGGUUAAAGACGAUAGCCUCAACGGACGUGUCAGCUACCUUCCACAUCAUAGCGUGCUAAAGGAGUCAAGCACUACGACCAAGUUGCGCGUUGUGUUCAACGCAUCAAAGCGAAACGACGUUCUAUCUGGUGCUGGAACCCUCGGUGAGGCCAAUAAACUCAGAGGUGAACUACAACAACUUUUGCUAUCUGGAGGUUUCAAACUCCGAAAAUGGAACUCCAAUUCUGCUGACAUGCUGCGUGAAAUUGAUCCUGAAGAUCGUGGGGAUAAGGCCCCAUACGAGCUUAGCACUGAAACCGAGUCGAAGGCCUUAGGCAUCGUUUGGAUGACACAUGCCGACUGCUUCGGCUACAAAAUCACGCUUAACCCUGCUGAUCGAUGA